CCUUCACAAACAAGUCACUCCUCCAGCCGGACUUUCCUCUGCCUACCGGGGAAGGAAUCAGUCUGUUGUGGAUCAGCUUUCUGUUGACAGAUCAACCCCACGGAGGAAAUCCAGGUGUUUGUUUUUUUUCUUUUUGUACUUCUUGGACUCUCCAGGCUCUGUUUUUUUUUUUUUUUUCUCUGUCUUCCUGUCGGUCUGAGUUGGUCUCACCAUGUCUGUCCACACCACUCAGAAAGUCCGGACUUACAAAACGUUGACAACCGAACCGGUGACUACUCAGGUGUUCUCCACCAGGUCGGUGUCUCCGAUGUCUCCGGUCCCACAGGUGUCUCCGGUCUCUCAGGUGACUUCGCUGCCGAUCACUGCUGUGAAUGGCUCCUAUGAGUCAGUGCGGUACCUGGUCCCGGUGCAGCAGGCCAUGCCCCAGCAGUCCUACUUCCUGAUGCAGCAGCCUAUGAUGCAGCAGACCAUGAUGUCCCCGAUGUACGUGCAGACUCUGCCCCGCGUGAGCACCAGCAGCAAUGAGACUGAAUUCAUUGUCCAGCAGCAGCAGCAGAGGUCAUUUGUUGAGCGUGACAGUCAAAGCACUCAUUCAGUGUUCAGCCAGUCAUCCAGUCCCAUCAAGAGUGAGCCCAGCGUGCACGAGGAGGAGCAUGAGGAAGAGGUGGAGCUGGAGGUGGAAGAGGACCAGUCUGGAUCAGUGGAGGUUGAAGAAGUGGAAAUUGUUAACGUCUAUCAGCAGAAGCCUGCUACAGUGAAGCAGAGGUUCUCAGUGUCAGAGCAAAGGGACAUGCCGGAGCCAACGAAGCUGGACACGCGUUACUUUGGAGAACUGCUGGCAGAUGUCUACAGGAAGAACUGCGACAUCCACUCCUACAUCUCUGAAAACGUGUCCAGGAUCCGAGGACAGAAACACAGUCGGGAUAUCGCCAGUGACCUGAAGGUGGAAAAGCAGGAGGUGGACUCUCUGAUUCCUAAAGGAGCCACUGAGCUGACCAAACAACAGAUGCGUUACCUGCUGCAGACUCGUUUCACUGCAGAGAAGAGCAUGCGUCUGCUGCUCUCCACCUUCAGCAGCCUGAGAGAGGAGCUGAUGCAGAUGGCUGAAGACAUGCGGCGUUUGGAGGUGGAGAAGGAGGCCUUGGAAAGAGACCUGAACUUCAAAGCUGACCAGGCUCGGCAGUAUGACUCCCUCCUAGAGGGCGUCAGAGAGAACAACAGGCAGCUGCAGCUUUCUCUGAAGGAAGCCACGGCCACCCAGCGUUCCCUGGAGAGUAAGCUCAUGAGCAGCCGAGACAACGACACGGCCGGCGGCUUCAAGAUUAAAGAGCUGGAGGGAAGGAUGAGAGCACUGGAGAAGGAGAACGAGAUGCUCAAACAGAAGCUGGCCGGACAAGCCAGCAACGGCAACCUGCACCUGAAAACGGAGGCGCUGGCGCAGCACUACAAGGAGCAGCUCCAGACCCUGAGCGCAGAACGAGAUGCAGAGAUCGAGAACCUGAGGUCCCAGAUAUCAAAGCUGCAGACAAAGAUCACCACGACGACCACCAGCACCACCAGCAGCAGCAGGUCCUCCGCAGACAGCAGCCUGCAGCUGAAGAUCUCAGAGCUGCUCUCCAAGCUGGAGCAGAGGGAGAAAGUCAUCAAGCAAAAAGAGGAGGAAAUCAGAAAACUGAUGAUGGAGAGAAACGACAGCUCCAAGAACGUCACCAAGACUAUUAUCACCAAGAGGUACAGGAACCAGUACCCGAUGCUCGGUCUACUGAGCGACGACUACCAGGUCACCUCGCCUGUUAAAGAAGACAAAACUAUCGUCAUCGAGAGAACUGGAGAGAUGUUCAAACAGGAAAUCAUUAUGUCUCCUUAAAGACACACUGCUUCUCUCCGACAGGAAUGAUUGAACACAGAGAAGACGCUGAAGCCCCGCCCACAAUCCCCCCUCCCCCCUGUGCAUGCUCCUCCCCCCCCCCCGGGCCUCACAGGGUUGGUGGUGGUUGGUUGUUUCCCCCGAAUCACAAAGAUCGGAUUAUUUGGUACAAUUCUAUCCAGCUUCAUUAAUAAUAAUAAUAUUAUUAUUGUUUACAUGUUUGAAAGCUGCAUGAAAAAACAAACAUUCCAAAUAUUUAUUGAUCCAUGUAAAAUAUAAAAUGACAUCUGGGACCUGGGUAAGAUUUUGGUUUAUAUUUACUAAUAACUUAAAAUCAACUCUGUGUAAAAAGGUUUUUACAUAGUAAUUAAUUAAUACACUUUAUUAUCAGAUAUAUUUUGUUAAUGGGAGAUCAAAGCCGGAUGCAGUUUGCUUUAUCAGCUUCAAAGUGAAAAUUCACAUUUAUUAGCAAAGUAGCAAAACAUCUGAAGUGGUUUUAGUGAAGAAGGAUGAAAGUCAAACAGAUUUAUUUGAAUAGAGUUAGAGGAAAUAGAAGAAGCAUAAAAUACAUUUUUAAGGAACAAUGAAUGUUGCAUAGAUGGUUGGUAGAUUCUGCCAUAUGCAGGCAACCAAUUUAAAGUCCAAUUCUUUAUAUUUUGCAGAAAAUAAGAAAUGUACUAAUAGCUACCAAUUGUACAUCAUUUUUUUUUACCCAAAUAUCUAACCAUCGGUGAUGGUGUUUAGAUUGUAGCCUUAUCGAAAA